AUGGGGAGAGACCAGGAUGAAGUUAACAAGGAGAUCCAGCAGAUGAAUGAUGACCUUUACUACAUCAUGGAUGAGAUUCUCGGUGAGGAUGAUAUAAUGAAGUAUUGGAGUGAUAAUAUAAAACAGAUUAUCAUUGAAGACAGUUGUGAUCAACUGAAGAAGAUCUUACAACAAAUGACUUAUAUUAACCCAGUAUCUUUUAUCACUGACAACUUUCAACUUGAAGUAGACAAAAUUUUUGUUGAUAUUGAAGUUAAACAAGGAAGACGUAGAGGUUAUGAUGAACAUAUAGAUUAUGUAGACCUUCUCUCACUUGUCCCCAAAACAUGUGUGGCAUCAUGUGUGAGUUCUGGCGCACAACAACAACGUUCCUCUGUACCACCACAAAUACUUCUGCUGGAAGGUUUGGCAGGCAGUGGCAAGACUACUCUUGUGAAGCUAAUAACUGACCAAUGGAUACAAGGUGAAGGUAACAUCAAGGACUUAGAUAAUUAUGAUCUCUUACUGUGGGUACAGUGUAGGGACCCGACCAUCAACUCCUUAAACCAUCUUCUACGCCGACUAUUACCAGAUGUAUCAGAAAAUUUCAGAAACAUUCUGCCUAAAAUAAUAAAGCUUUGUAAGGUAAUAAUAUUAGUUGACGGUCUUGAUGAACUCAAUAAGAACUCCAGAAUGUUAGUCAAAAUGCUUUUACAAGAAUUCGAAAACUCUAUUUACACAACUGUUAUCUGCACCUCAAGACCUGAAGCAGUUGAAAUGUUUCGCUUGACGAUCCCUGAAGGUUAUAAUGUGACUAAUGCUGAACUACAAGGUAUAAAUAAAGAAUAUAUGGAAGAAUUUGUGUUUCAGACUCACCACGAGAUAAGUAAGCUGACCAACAGUAACAAAAGCACUGAUGAACUGGUGUAUAAGGUGAGGAAGGCUACAGGUCUUCACGAACACUUACGUCUGCCAUUGAAUUUAACAUUUCUUGUUUACAUCUUGGACCAGGAACCUGAUGAGUUAAACAUAAGAACAAUAACACAAACACAACUCUACCAUAAAAUACAUCAUAUGUGUCAAAGUAAGUUAUUAGAGAGAUUAACGACCAAAAUGAUGAAUGAAAGUAGUGUAGAGAAGAGUGUUGAAGAAAUGUUGAAGAUAAUAUACGCAAAAUCACUAGAGAGUCUGUCACGUGACCAGUUGAGUCUUGAAGAAGAGACUGUAGAAGAACUAAUAUCUGCUUGUAACAAACAUAAUAUACCUUACCAUGAGAUGCUGUCAGCUUUCUUCAGUUUGAAGCCAAUAUGGACUUGGCAAGGCAUCGAGGAGCGCUACUCUGCACCACACAAGGGACUCCAAGACUACUUCAGUGCUCUGCAUAUUGUGAUGACACUCAAGCACCAGCUGGAGUCUUCACCACUUCCAGUCUUGUACACCCAACACCCAGCACCACCUGUGUCUUCCCAACCAUCUGUGAUAACUGUAUCACCUACACCAGCACCACCUACGCCUGCUUCACCUGUCAGUAUCAGGGGAGUGUUAGAAAAUAGCAUCAUGUCUGCCAAGGUAGACAUGAACAAGUAUCAGAAUGUUCUGAUACAUGUGGCUGGGCUGUUGCACCUGGUAUUAGACCAGGUACCUGAGUCACCUGCACGAGAAGUGGUUCGUCUCCUCCAAGAGUCUGGCGUGAGUAAAAGUGACCAGUGGCUCCACCUCCUUGACAACACUAAGAUGUCUCCAGUAACAGUCAAUGAAAUAUCUCGCUACUUCAAUAAUGAAGAGACAAUUGACGUACGUGAUGAACUUGUGAGAAGCUACGCUGCUCUCCUGCCACACCUCAGCUCCUGCAAGGUGAAGAUUAUUAUCCGUGGUGACCCAGAUGACCUGCCUGACUUGCCUGACCUGCUGGCUGCCCUCACCCGCCACUACUGUACAGACUUGGAACUGAACCACCACUACCAUGCUAAGACGACCACCACUUCUAACAACCUUCUACAAGUUUUACAACCUCGGUGA